AUGCGGGCUGCGACCAGGCUGGCGUCCUGCCAGACCUGCGUGCCGAGUAGAGGGCGGAGGGUGCCGCCGCAGCAGCCGCGUAUCGCACUGCGCGGGGCGCGAUGCGUCGAAGCGCAGCACAGCUUUCGUGCCGCGACGGUGUGCCGCGCGGAGGAGCCGGGACGGCAGCGCGGCGACGCCCCCGACAGUGGUGAUGGCCCAGAGUCGUCGGCGCGCGACGGGUUCAUCCCCGACGCGGAGGUCCCCUUCCCCUCGGCCCGAAACGGCCUGGACUACUACUGCUACUGGGUUCUCGGCCUGCUCUUCCUGACCGACUUCACGCCGGCGGGCGGUCUCGUGUCAUCGUCUGGCGUCGUCGGCAGCUCGACUGCGCAGCUCGCGACGCUCGCAGGCGUGCAGUGGGGCCUCUUCGUGGUACCCACGCUGGUGUCCGCGUGGAGGAAGGUUCAGGCCGAAGGUCGCGGGUUCGACGGGUUUCGCUCCACGUUUGGACUGCGGGGCUGCAGUGCGGGGAGCAUCCUGCUGGGGCUGGCGGCCGGGCUGCUGACGUGGAUUCUCGUCUACGGCGCGGUCGACCUGCGCAUCACCGCCGUCAACGGGCUCGUCGGGCCGCCUCCCGACGCCGUCCCGCGCGCGGUCCCAGCUGCCAGUGCCGACACCAUCGGAGCGGCGGCGAUCGCGCUCGUGACGCUCUCCCCGGCAAUCGCAGAAGAGCUUCUGUUCCGCGGACUACUGCUGACGGCGAUCCGGACGCGCCUGGGCUCCGUCGACAGCGUGGCCGUGUGCGCGCUCGCGUUCGCGGUCAUCCACUUCGACGUGCAGCAGAUCUUCCAGCUCACCAUGCUCGGGUUCACGUGCGGCUUCCUGACGCUCUCGGCGGAGAGCGUGCUGCCCGCCAUCGUCGCGCACGCCGCGUACAACUGCGCCGGCCUCGCCUCCGCCGCGAUCGUGGCCUCGGGCGCCACCUAA